CAAACCUUUUAGGAAUUCAGUGUCCACAACAACACCGGGAAUAUCUGGCCAAGGCGUUGGUAGAGGCGUUAGAAUACCAGCGCCUGGUAUGCCAGGUCCUCUCUGGCUCUGGCAGCGUGGAUUGCGCGUCAUUAUUAGUGUGAUUCUUGGCCAAAAAAGAAGAAAAAUGUCAGGUCCUCCAGGUACACUGGGAAAUGUUAGAUUAGUAGCGCAACCUGAAACACAGACUGCGCCGAGACAGUCCGUAGUCGGUGCUGGGCAACAAGUGGUCGCCCCGAACGUAUCUCUUCCUUUAAAUUCCGAUCCUAGUACGGUCGGGGUAGCUGGUAAUCAGACAGUAUCGGCUACCGGACCCACGUCUGCUGCGGCGGCGGCCGCUGCCAAUAUACAGCAGUCCGUCAAUAUGCAAACAUUAUUGGGAUUAAGCGAAUCCGGACAACCCAGCGUAAUUGGUGGAGAGAAUAGAUUACCUAAUCUGCAGCUUCCAGGCGGUCUUCAGUCCGGUCAAGUUACAGCGACACCAGUGCAAGGCGGAACAAAAGGGUGGCACGUGUCUGUUACACCAUCUCUCAGAAAUUAUCUUGUUCAUAUACUGGCACAAGCAGUUAUUCCAGCUCCUAAUCUUCAGGCCAUGCUCGAUAAAGGAAUGCACAAAUUAGUCGCGUAUGCAAGAAAAGUGGAAGGUGAUAUGUAUGAAAUGGCUAAUUCACGAUCGGAGUAUUAUAAUUUGGUGGCUAAAAAGAUGUACAAGAUUCAAAAAUAUUUUAAUAAGAAACGACAAAAACGGAUGGAACAGCAACAGCUGCAAGCUCAACAGCAGCAACAACCGUCAGCGGACCUAAAUCGAUUACCACACCUCAUGUUCGACGAUACAGAUCUUAAAGAUUUAGACUAUUAUACAGACAAUCCUUGGCAAGGGUGGGAGGACUUCGCAAGAGCGGGCUGCGUUAAACACUCCGCGCAGCACGUCCAUGUCUUCACAGAUGGCUGCUAUCACAGCAGCGCUGGAUCGCUCAACAAUAAUGUAAUAGGUUCAAAGCUAAACAAUAUAUACACAAUUACUGAUAUACAGUCAUUCCCAAAGUUUGACGACCUUUUCGAGCUUGACGAGUUUGACGGGCUGUGUUUCUGUAACUGUCCAUAAUUUAGCUUUGAGUCUAUUGCAUCUUUUGUUUAACAAGUCGUUCUUGCGCGAUAAUUUAUUAGAUAUUUUUUUAUUAGCUCUUCUUGCAAGUCUACGAAAUAAUCAGCCAAAUCCGAGUCCAUUCGAGAUGAGAAGGGCUUAUGAUGUACAUGAGUAUUUGGAAAGUUUGUCAUUAGGAGAAUCUGAAAAUAACUUGUUAUAAAAUAGUCGAAAGAUAAAUAUACUACAGAAAAGAGUUAAACAUUUCAAUUUAUUCCAUUUCAUUCCAACGUAAGACCUAGUGUGUCUCAGUCAGAUCUGAAUAUUUAUAUUGAAUGGGAUCGUACUUAUGGAUCUGGUACUGCGCUAAAUUCUGUAUAAAGUGAUACACAAUGAACAAAUAAAUCAAUUAUAAAGUA